CCCCCUCUCAUCUAUUCAACACCAGGACGUCCGGUGUUUUUUUGCUUGUUAACCUGCUGGAAAGAGCCAGAGAGUGCCAGAAGCCACAAUGAGUACUAGAGGUGAAGGAUCGGGUCAGUCCUCGUCUGUCCCGGAACAACCUGCAGAGACACCGCCGAAGAGAGGUCGGGGAAGACCCAGGAAACAGCCGCAAGAACCGACCGGACCACCUACGCCUAAACGACCUAGGGGAAGACCAAAAGGAAGCAAAAACAAGGGUCCCUCCAAAGCAGCUCAAAAGAAAUCUGAGCCUACUGGAGAGAAGCGGCCUAGAGGUAGACCUAGAAAAUGGCCGCAGGAAGCGGUCCCGAAGAAGGCAGCUCAGGAAGAGGCUGAAGCAACAUCCUCACAAGAAUCCACAGAGGAAGAUUAAGUAACCACAAAGUUUUACUUCUACCUCAUUCAGCAGUUGGGUCUUUUGAAGGGAGAAGACACUACCUUGACCACUUUUUUUCUCCAAUUGCCAUUGGUCUGUCCACUCUUAACCUGGAGGAGAAACCCAUCCUCUGAAUGACUUUUUGCUAUCCACCUUUUUAUAAUCCCUUCACAGUCCCAGGUUUAGUGAAAGAAAAAAAACUGCUGUAACACAGGGGACACAGAUUUAUUAAUGCAACAUUUAAUUACUGUCUUCUUUUUCUUAAUAUACUAAUAGUUUAUCGAGCUGCUGAGUAAGGGUGAGUGGGUCAACAGUUUUGUUUCAUUAAAAAUUUCACUGCACUGCACAAAAUAAUGCAAGGAGGAAAAUUGCCUUACGAUUUUCGCAGCACAUGACAUUGCCAUUCAGAUAGGAAGGAUUAUAGGUUUAAAAAUGAAUGGAUUUCAACGGACCCCACUCUCCUGACUUAGUAUAUACCCUGCAUAGAACACCAAAGAUAAGGGAUAGAUACUGCUCUUAUAGAAACUUUUAUACAGUAGUAGACUUUUUUUUAAAACUUGAUGUUUUUCCACUUCCUGUAAUUUCAGGAAGGUCCUAAGGCUAAAUUCUUUAAUUUAAUUCUGCUGAUAAAUCAACACCUAAGAUUAUAUUCAGUAACGGAAGGGAAGGAUGAAAGAUUGACAGACUGACAAUUACAGAUCUGUAGGAGUGGCAAACAGAGCUCAAGAAAUUCAACUUCAGUGCAAGCCACUGAGCCUUUGAAAGGGAACCAAUUUUUCCUCUGAACACUCAGCCAGUAAGAACCAUAUGAAAAGGUGGCUUUACCUCGAUCGAACUGGAUUGUGGAUGGAGUGAGGAAAUGUGUUUCUUGAUCUAGGAACACAUUGGAGUCCAAUGUGCACUCAUCUAACUGCAUGCCUUAAUAAGGAGACUAGAAGUAUGUCAUGCCAACUCACGGAAACUCAGACAAAAUCUACUUUGGAGUGGAGUUCCCAUGAGUAGUUGUGACCCAUGCGUGUUCGCUUCUGGCUAUUAAAAAGGAGCCUCCACUCAGAUUCCUUAUUAAGGGAUUCCACUUAGAAAUCACUGCAUAUUAGACCCGUUAUCUGUGUGUAACUGAUCUUCAAAUCAUUCCUCCACACAAACAAUCCACAUGAAUACUCAGUCAGACCAGCACUUUUAGAUGCAAUAUUACCCCACUACAUAGUUGCAAUAUUAUCCCACUAUUCGUAACUACCUCUGAUUAACUCAAUUAGUUUGACACUUCUCGGGUACAUGCUGCUAUACACAUACAAUGCAGAAAACGUUUCAAUUUAAUGGACAGUUAAACACUGAUACCUGGAAUUUUUAAAAAAUCAUUUUGCUUUUACUGUUUAAUUAUUGAAAGGGGAAACAAUAACUGAAAACAUUC